UCAAUUCAUGUAUACAACACAAACAAUGAAUAGUAUUUGUUUGCCAAAAGAAAGUCUAACUAAUACUAGACAAGAGUUUGCAUUGUUUGCCGGUUUUGGACUUUUAAAUAACAGUCAACCAAAUGAGGAUCGGCUGAGAAUGGGUUGGACAAGGAUUUCAGGACAAAUGUCUAAUACUACCGAUGAAUACGGAAAAUGUAUUAUUGGAUUAAGAGAUCCCGAAUAUACGGGAUCGGCUCUUUGUAAAGGUGAUUCUGGUGGUCCACUCAUACAAUACAUUAAUGAUAGGGCUGUCCUAAUUGGUAUACAAGUCAAAGUUGAUGCAUUAAAGGGACAGUCGUGUACGGGAUUAACAACGGAUAGUCUAAUGUAUUUUGUUAGGAUAGCCCAUCAAAUAUCAUGGAUUGUACGCACUGUUACCAGAAACUAA